AUGGGCGAUGAUGGCAAACAGAAAAAGGCGAAGAGGACCUGGAUGGCGAGAACAAUGGAGAUGUAUCGAAAGGGAUGGUCGAAGCAGUUGAUAGUACGGUCCAUGUGGCAGCAGCCCUUGGACAGGAUCGAGAAGGCGAUCAACGACGCCCCGCACGGAAGCCACACCUUCCGGGCGGACUGCGCCGAGUGCAUCGAAGCCGAAGAGGAAAGGGCAGCGGCAGCCCAUGUUCGACAAGCCCAGACGCGCGAAUGGCGAGAAGCCAAUAGAGCGGCAUGGCGCCGUCAACAAGAAGAGGUGGCGGCGGCCAACACAAAUCUCGUCGGGGUCCGUGGCCGGGUCACCCUGCUCGAGCCCCGCCGUCGGAGCUUGACGGUCGUCAUCCCGGGCCGAGACGGAUUUGACAAGCGCGUGCUCGUCCCGGCGUGGCUGCUCAAUACGGUCGAUGGCGUUUGUCGCGACGAUUUCGUCGUCGUCGACGCGACCCUCGCCAUGGGCCUCAACGACUGCUUGGGGCCAGUCCAAUACCGCGCCACCGCGGUGAGUAAGGGUAGAGGGGACACCAAGGAGCCGGCCCUACCAGCCACCCUCGCCAUCGCCGCUACCCCGACUGCCGUCUUGGUCCCCGUCGUCCACGCCUCCCCGCUUCUCUCCACGGCG